GACUCAGCACAACUGGAAAAGGACAGCAGAUCACCCGCUUCAGAAAAGCGGUGCCUGUGAGCGUUUCGAAGUGAAAGCUUUUCUCGCAGAGGACGGGACAGAACCGACAGCAGACACCAUGGAGUCCCCUUCAGCCCCUGCACACAGAGGGUGCGUCCCCUGGCAGGGGCUCCUGCUGACCGUCUCACUCUUAACCCUCUGGAGCCUGCCCACCACUGCCCAGCUCGCUAUUGAAUCAGUGCCGCCAAAUGCUGCCGAAGGGGAGGGUGUGCUUCUCCGUGUCCACAAUCUGCCUGGGAAUCUUAGAGGCUAUGCCUGGUACAAAGGGGAAACUAUACACAGCGAACUUCAAAUUGUAUCAUAUGUAAUAGACACUCAAACAACUACCCUCGGGCCUGCAAGCACUGGCAGAGAGACCAUAAACCCCGAUGGAUCCCUCCUGUUCCAGAACGUCACCCAGAAAGACACAGGAGACUACACCCUACAAGCCAUAGUGGAAAAUUUUCAGAACAAACAAGUAACUGGACAGCUCCGUGUAUACAAGCGAGUGGGAAAGCCCUCCAUCCGAGCCAGCAAUGCCACAGUCACAGAGGAUAAGGACACGGUGGUCCUGACCUGCCUCACAUAUGACAGGGGGAUCUCCAUUCGGUGGCUCUUCAAGAACCAGAAUCUCCUGCUCACGGACAGGAUGAAGCUGUCCCAGGGCAACAGCACCCUCACCAUAGACCCCGUCAGGAGGGAGGACGAUGGGGAUUAUCAGUGUGAGGUCUUCAACCUGGCCAGUUCCGACAUAAGUGAGCCCCUCAGGCUGCAUGUGCAAUAUGAUCCAACACUACCAAGUCCUGGCCUCUCAGAUGGGGCUAUGGCCGGCAUCGUGAUUGGCGUCCUGGCUGGCGUAGCUCUGAUAGCAGCCCUGGUGUACUUCCUGUAUAUCAGAAAGACUGGAGGGGCAAGCGACCAGCGCGAUCUCACAGAGCACAAACCCUCAGCCUCCAACCACAGUCAGGGCCUCUCUGACAACUCACCUAAGAAGAUGGAUGAAAUUACAUAUUCUUCCCUGAACUUCAAUGGCCAGGAAUCAAAGAAGCCAACUCAUGCCUCUCCGUCCCCAACAGCCACAGAAACGCUUUAUUCAGAAGUAAAAAAGAAGUAAUGCAACCAGCUCUGCUCACUGCACUGCUGACUGAUUCCCAGCUUCUCAUCUCCAUCACUAGGAGACCCCUUUGCCCUCCGGAAAAGGAGAAGCCUCUUUUCCCCUCCUCCUUUACUCACUCAUGAGACACCUCCAGGUUCCUGGUCACAGCCCCUCCCUUCAGUGUCAACAGAUGAAAAGGCACAUCCGGGAGUCUGUAGGAAGCCCAACCUUCCUUGUCAUUGAAAUUUGGCAAAGCAGACCUUGGGAGAGAGUUGCCAGAACCUCCAGCCCCUCCCCAUUCCCUGACCGAGACUUGUUCUAAAUUUACCUAUUGAGCCCACCUUCACUCCUUCCUGUUGGAGUCUAACUUGAAUUUGCCAUAACUUUGAGAGUUACAUCCUUAUCCACUGAAAUACGUGUAUCAGAAAAGAAGAGAGAGAAAAACUAAAAGCUUCUCCUAUCUCUCCAAAGCCCAGUGUGAAUGGACCACACAGGAAAAUAAAUAUAUAACGAAGUCUCAACAAGGAAAUUCUACACCUUUGUCCAUUGUCAGGGUGUCUAAACACCUUUCUGCUUGGCUAGAAUACCACCUAAGCCUUUGGCAAGCCUGUCUUCAGAGAAACCACUAGAAGCAACUAGGAAAACUAUAGGUGAUUCCCAAGAGAAAAUGUAAA